AUGCAUUCUGGGAAGGCAGCUGUCGGGCAGGACAGGUUCCAGAGGCGACGGGUGGAGGAGCAGUUGAAGGGGUCAGGGCAGGCGACCGAGUUUGCUGUACAGUUCCGCGUCUGCUCGGAGAGCAAGAAGCACUGGAAGGCCCGCAUGGAGUUCAUCCUGCGCCACCUGCCCGAUUACCGAGACCAGCAGCGCAGCCGCCUGGACCAGCCUCUGGCGCUGUCCAUGGUGUGGGCCAAUUACUUUUUUUUACCAUACGGUCACAACAAAGAACUUUUAGACAAGGUAAUAGAAAUAGCUAGUGGAAUUGAGGUAGAAGAAGAUCUCCCACAGUUUAAAACCAGAGAUGAAUUAAUUAAAAAAUGUGGGAAUCCCCAAACACUGUCUACCUUUAAGGCUGCAUCCAGUGGGAGAGCCUUUACUCAUGAUUUUGAUUUCUGUCCUUUUGAGAUGCUUUGUAAUGAUCAGUUGGAAAGAGAUUCAGAAGGCGCCUGCUACUAG